GGGAAAGGCAACGGCCGAACGCGCGGGAGAGCCUUCGCUUGCUGCGGGAGCGGAGUUUGGCGGUGCUUCCACCUUAGAUCCACCCACCGAGCUGCGGACAACCACGGAGCAAUUCCUGCCACCCGGUCAGGCGUUCACGAGCGAAUGCUUCUACAACGAUACGAAGCUUUGCGACCGGGUUUUGGACCAAAGCAGUUUUGGAAAUCCCGUUGCUGGAGCGACGAACGUGAACACAAUCUUCACCAAUACCAUCGCGACAUUCUUGAAAAGCCAGGAGCAUAUGUACACGCUGCAGGGCACUAUUUUGCAGUGCCACAAAAAACGCUACGGUCGCAGUUUUGUACACCUGAAGUUCACUAUUCUGGAGGCCGGGUUUGUGCGCUGGCAGUACUGCGAGCUCCGUGCGCUGCUUGUGGAGUUGCAGGUACUUGUGUUGCGGUCCUCGAUAUAAUGAAUUAAUACUGUGGAGAUCGACAUUGUCAUUUUAUCAUUUGACACGUAAGCGACCUUUUUGGAUAAAAGUAAAACUAGCACGCGUAAAACGAGAAUCAAAUAAACUUCAAGAUCGCCGCAAGCUAUGAAGACGCAGAUCCGGAUGUCUUGCGGAACUGGGACACUGUGGUUAGCGCUGAGAUUUACACGAAGUUUUUUCUGAAGGCCUUUGCGAAAGAUCUGAUCGACUUCGCGGAAGAGACCAAUGCGCGCGACGCGGCGCUUGCGCAGUCGCUUGUUGUACAUUGCAAGGAGUGCUCCGAGGAGGAGCAGCAAGUCAGGUUUCUGGACCGCGAGUUGGCUCAAGGAAACAUUAGUCUGGAGAAGUAUAAGGAACGAACAACGGAAGUACUUCGGGCGCAGAAAAGUAAGAAGACUCAGGCUCAGCACACAACAAGCGAUAAACCGGUCGCGCUCAAAAAGCUGUCCGAUCUAGUGCGCGUCACCUUCCAGAUUUUUCCCGACGGAAAAGCUGACGUGUUUUUAGUUCCGAAUACUAGCACCAGCGAAACGGGUGCAAAUCCAGUUGAAAGUGAAAGACCUGAGGAAAUGAACCAGUUAGCGGGCGAGUCUGCGCAGGAGAAGGGCGGAGCAGACUUAGAAGACGAAAGGGAACAAGAGAAAAAAGGCGGCUCGAAAGAGUCAGCGAGCAGUUCUUAUGACGGAUACUAGCAUUUCGAAAAGUACUACUUAAGUGCCCGCAGUUUUUAGCUUUGGUGGGACCCAGCCUUUCUUUGCAAAAAAGUAUGGGGCAUGAGCAUGACAAUGAGGAUGACAAGGAAACAGAA